AUGCGACGGGCACGCGGCCCGUCGCCGACAUCGCCCUUCCGGGCCCUCGCCCACCAGCACGCCACCCACAAUGCCGCCAACAACGGCGCCGGCGGCCAGGGCGGCACCGUGUCGUCCAUGAUCCGCUCCUUCAACGUCGAGACCAACCCCACCCGGCCCAUACGUCCCAGCCCGCUGACCGCCUCGACCUUCCCCGACAUGCCCCUCGACCUCGUCGACCGCAUCCGCUCGUUUCCGCUCUUCGUGUCCGCCCCGGACGACUUUCUGGCCGCCAUUGGCAAGCACCUGCGCCCGCAGAUCCACGCCGCCCACGACCUGAUCCUCACAGAAGGCGACGACGCCAAGGCCAUGUACUGGCUGGUGCGCGGCGUGGUGGCCGUCACCUCGCGCGACGGCGAGGCCGUCUAUGCCGAGCUGACCCCGGGCGCCUUUUUCGGCGAGAUUGGCGUGCUGAUGGACGUGCCGCGCACGGCCACCAUCGUGGCGCGGUCCAAGUGUCUGCUGGUCGUCCUCAAGAAGGAGGACCUCCAGACGGAGCUGCCACGCUACCCCGACAUGGAAAAGGCCAUCCGGCAAGAGGCCGAGGAGCGCCUGACCAUUCUCAAGAAGAAGCAGCAGGAACGGCGCAACGUGGGCACGAGCGGCAGCACAACGACACCCAGCAGCACACAGUCCGGCGAUAUCACCGACCGCACCAACAACGACCCCGACCAACAAAAGAAGCGCAAGUCGCCUAGCCCCGGCAUUAUCGAGGACCCAGCCGUCGGCGGCAGCGCCCUGGGCAGCGGCUACGUCAAUGUGCGCAAAACCCUCAAAGAGCUGCCGCUGUUUGCGACCCUCCCGCCCGACAUCCUGCACUUUCUCGGCCUCAGCGCCCAGCCCAAGACCUUUGCGCCCUUUACCGACAUCAUCUGCCAGGGCAGCCCCGGCAACGACAUCUACUUUAUUGUCCGCGGCGAGGCCGAAGUCAUCUUGGAACUGCCCAAAGGCCGCCUUCACGAGACCGCGUCGACCUUUGCGCGCCCGCGCCUCACCCAGGGCCAGUAUUUUGGCGAGGUGGCCAGCUUGGGCCUGUCGCGCGGCCGCACGGCCACCGUGCGCUCCAUUACCAGUGUCGAGUGCCUGAUGAUUAGCGGCGAGGCGCUGGACGAGCUGUGGCGGCGGUGUCCUCCGGGGCUCAAAGACCAGGUCGAGGCCACAGCCCGCGAGCGGUAUCAUCCGACGGCCGAUGGCGACGACGACAAGAGAACAGACGAGACUCGACAACCUCCAGAAGACGACCAAGAAGGAGACAUUGAGAUGAGAGACGAUCCAGACGUCGGCUCGCCAUGGCGCCCCGCGCCCUCUUCGCCCGUCUCCUCGCUCGCGUCGCUCCGCCGCCACUCUGUCCCCAACGUCACCUUCACCACGCCCUCCAAACCGUCGUCACCCACCAAGGCCUCGCAAAAAGACGAGACGGCCGAGACACGACAGCCGAGCGACCCAGAUCCGUUCCUCAGCGUCGACAUGGAGAAUAUGCGCAACCGCCGGCGCAACUCGCUGGCACCGCCUGUGCCGCAAACCGAAUCAUCCGCAUCCUCACCGUCGUCUUCCUCGUCACUGUCCUCCUCCUCCUCCUCGUCCACACUCCAGGCUCUGCCAGUCACGCAAGCCGGUGAGGCCACCAACAGCAACAGCAGUCCGCUCAAACUAUUUGCAUUCCCACCACAGACGACAACCCCACCAUCUAAUUGGAAAGACAAGGAGAAGGCGGACAAAGGGGCAGCGAGCAUCAUUGACGAUUUCAGCAGCAUCAAGAUGCAGGAAGAGACACAACAGAGCCAACAGAAAGGGCAGCAGCAGCAGCAGCAGCAAGAUACACGAGGGCCUUUCAAAAAGGCACGCCGAAGCCCCAGCGCCGUCCGGGGCGCCAACGGUGACCACGCAUCCCUCGCCACCACCAGUCGCCAGUUCCCGCCCGAGGCAGCCCUUGUGCUUGUCUUGAAGCAAUUCGACUUCCUUGAGCUCGUCCGCCUCGCCGGCAUCUGCCGCCACUGGCGCCGCGUCAUCACCACGGCGCCGCAGCUCUGCACCCACAUCGACCUCGCGCCCUACAACGGCCGCAUCACCGACUGGUCCUUGCUGCAGAUCGUCGCGCCCCUGGUUGGCCAGCGCGCCGUCGAGAUCGACAUCAGCAACUGCUUCCACAUCACCGACGAGGGGUUCCAGGCCCUGUGGCAGCACUGCGGCCGCAAUGUCAAGGCCUGGCGCAUGAAGUCUGUGUGGGACGUGUCGGCCAACCAGAUCCUGGACAUGAGCGAGCACGCCACCGGCCUCGAGGAGCUCGACUGGAGCAACUGCCGCAAGGUCGGGGACAAUCUGCUGGCGCGUGUUGUCGGCUGGGUGGUGCCGCCUGCACCGGCCGCGUCGGCGUCGGGGUCGGGGGCGGCGACCAGCAACAAAAUUGUCGCGAUUGCCAAUUCCAACCGCAGCCGACAGGCCCAGAAACAGCAACCGCAGCGCCAGCCGCAGGACGACGCCGCCUCCAAGAAGGACAAUGGGCCCGCCCCGGGCACCAUCAUCGGCUGUCCGCAGCUCACCAUCCUCGAUCUCUCGUACUGCAAGCACAUCACCGACCGCUCCAUGGUGCACCUGGCCGCCCACGCGUCGUCGCGCCUGCGCGCACUGUCCCUGACUCGAUGCACCUCCGUCACCGACGCCGGCUUCCAGGCCUGGGCCCCCUACCGGUUCACGGCCCUGACGCAUCUGUGCCUGGCCGACUGCACCUACCUGUCCGACAACGCCAUUGUCUCCCUCGUCAAUGCCGCCAAGGGCCUCACGCACCUCGACCUCUCGUUCUGCUGUGCGCUCUCCGACACGGCGACCGAAGUCGUCGCCCUCGGCCUGCCGCUGCUGCAAGAGCUCCGUCUUGCCUUCUGUGGGUCCGCCGUCUCCGAUGCGUCCCUGCGGUGCGUCGCCCUGCACCUCCAGGACCUCCGCGGCCUCAGUGUCCGCGGCUGCGUGCGCGUCACCGGCGUCGGCGUCGACCACAUCAUGGACGGCUGCACGCGGCUGGCCUGGCUGGACGCGAGCCAGUGCAAGAACCUGGCCAGCUGGGUCGCGGCGGGGGGUGUCGCGCGGUGGGGCUACGACGAGCGCCAAGAGCAGGAGGACCAGAGGGGCGGCGGCGCCGCGAGCAAGUACAAUCCGACCGGCUGGCAGCCAGCCAGUCGACGCACGCUGGGGCUGGACCCGGCCUUCCAGCAGGUCGCCAAGGCGGCGGCGCCAGCUCCGGCCAUGCGCGGCCAGCUGCGACGGGCACGGCAACCCGUCAAGUUUAUCAUUGAGAAGGGGUCGCAGGACGGUCUGCGGUGA